AUGUCCGAACACACAAUUCUCGCAACUUUGGACUCUGCUGACCUACUCAAUCGUGGCUUGCUAGGCCCUGCCAGGGCCACUGGGUUCCACCGACUUCACAAACGUCGACUGAACCGCUCCAGCGAUGAGGAGAACCAUGAUAUUCUUUUGAACAUCUCUCUCUCAUCUCCAGCUGCCGACGAUGCAUUUGCCAUGAUUCCUGUGGCCCUCAUCUCAUACGAAACUCUCGUAUAUGUCGGCCUAUCUGAAGCAAAGGCUACCGAGCUAUGGAGCCAAUGGACCAACUGGCCUGCUCAGGGACCCCGCCGCGAGAUUGAUCCCGACGAUGGUGGAUUGGUAGUCACUUUCAAAGACUUCAUCAUCGGCUCCUUCGAAAACAGGGUUGACACUACAGAGGACAACGCGCGGCAGUGGCAAGCAUGCCUGAACGCGUGUGGUGUUGCUGCUGAUGUGCAGAAUGCCAUCAUGGAUCCUCGCUUUAAGUAUCUCUGCCUUUCACAGUCAUGCCUCUACUGGGUCAAUGACACUGUCGAAAUGCGCUACGCAGGGCUCGAAGAUAUUCAGAGAUCGUCGCGUGAGCGAGAGAUGCAACUGCGGCGGAUUGCCACUCGUCCAGGUUGUAAUCAAGGAGGGAGUGGGCAUGGGUGA